AUGAAUAAACAAUUUGACGAUUUGGUGAAGAAGGCUGUGGGGGUUAAUGGGACGUUGGUGGGGGAUAUUUUGCAUGAAGAUGUGAUGAGCAAGUUUUGGUUUCAAGGGCUGGUCAGCAACCAAUUUGCCCACCUUCCAAGCUUUCUGGGAGAUGAAUAUUCUGGUUGUAGUAACGUGGACUUUGAACAAAUAGUGGAUUGUACUAGUGAAUUUACCACGAAUGAGAUAUUUAACAGUAGAGAAGAAUUAAUACGAUGGGCUCGUGAAGUUGGAAAGGCGAAUGGUUUUGUUAUUGUGACCUUAAGAUCUGAUCAAGGUGGAAAAGGAAAUAAGAAGCCUAGAGUUACUUUGGGUUGUGAGAGGGAGGAGUCAGAAAAACAUGGACUAAAGCACUUGCGAAAUGUCCUUCUUCGUGAGAUAUUAAAUGAAAAAGAUCUAACCAUCGGCACUCCAUCUAUAGGAUCAACUUAUGUUCGAGAAAGGCUCAGCAAUACAAAGGUCCUCAUUGUUCUAGAUGAUGUGAGUGCUUCAACCCAAUUAGAACUUCUAGUUGGUGAUCAUUUUCAGUUUGGCUCUGGGAGUCAAAUAACUAUAACGACAAGGGACAGGCGCCUACUUAAGAAAAAGGUUGAUGAUGAUAAGAUAUACAAGGUUGAGGGAUUAUCUUAUGAUGAAGCUCGAGGCAUGCCAUUAGCUCUUAAGAUUUUGGGAUCCUUAUUCCUUCAUUGUGACAACAAUCAUGAAAGGGAAGAUGAAUUGAAUAACUUGAAAAAAUUUCCCAACCAAGAAAUUGAGAACAUGUUGAAACUAAGUUAUGAUGGAUUAGAAAAAAAUGCAAAGGAGAUAUUUCUUGAUAUAGCAUGUUUCUAUAAGGGGAUGAAAAUAGAUUUUGCAAAAGAAAUGUUACAUAUUUGUGGUGUAUUUGCGGGUGGAAUUAAGGUUCUUAUUGAGAAAUCUCUAGUAUCAAUAUCAAGAUGGAACUGCCUAGAGAUGCAUGAUUUGGUACAGAAAAUGGGCAGGACAAUAGUUUACGAACAAUGCAUUGAAGAGCCCGGAAGACGCAGUAGAUUGUUCAUUGCUCAGGAUAUCUAUCGUAUAUUGAGAAAUAAUACAGGGACUGAAGCGGUUCAAGCCAUAUUCUUUAACAGCUCUAAGAGUGGACAACUACGCUUGGAUCAUGCAGAUUUCAAAAAGAUGCAUAAUCUAAGCUUACUCAAUGUUGAUUCUAGCUUUGGAAAGUACUGCAAAUUAAAAGUUUCUCUUCCCAAUUCUCUUGGCUAUCUUUGCUGGGAGGAAUAUCCUUUGAAGUCUUUGCCAUCAAAAUUUUCUCCAGAAAAUCUUGUUGAGCUUCGAAUGUGUGGAAGCAAAAAGUUGAGCAACUUUGGAAUAAAGUCCAGAGGGCUGCUCAUCUAUUUGCAAUUUUUCGGAACUUCCAAGAGAUCUAAGAGUACUAGAGAUGGUGGGGACAAAAAUACAAGAUGCUCUGAAUUUGAAGACUUCCCUGAAAUCUGGGAGCCUAUGGGACAUCUAAAGAUUCUUUUGUUAAACGGAACAGCUGUUAAAGAACUACCCUCAUCAAUAGAAUGUUGCUCUAAAUUUGAAGACUUCCCUGAAAUCUGGGAGCCUAUGGGACAUGUAAAGGUUCUUUUGUUAAACGGAACAGCUGUUAAAGUACUACCCUCAUCAAUCGAGUGUCUUUUUGGUUGCUCUGAAUUUGAAGACUUCCCUGAAAUCUGGGAGCCUAUGGGACAUCUAAAGUGUCUUUUGUUAAACGGAACAGCUGUUAAAGAACUACCCUCAUCAAUCAAAUGUCUUUUUGCUCUCCCAAGAAUUGGACUGAAAAAUUGCAAGAGGCUUGUGAGUCUCCCGCCAAGCAUUUGUAAGUUAAAAUCUCUUAAGGAACUUGAUCUCACUGGUUGCUCUGAAUUUGAAGACUUACAUGAAAUUUUGGAGCCUAUGGGGGAGCUGGAGUUCCUAGGUUUAGAAAGAACAUCGGUUAAAGGGUGUGACUCUCGUCGAUUGGAAAUCUGA